AACAUCAACAAAUCGAAAGUGAUGCGACCUUUUAUUAGGAAUUAGGAAUUAUUGGAAUUUAGAAUCGAAAUGGCCCUGUGACUGCAUAUGGAAGAGUGAGGCAUGAGUCGAAUUCAGUGGCGAGUGCGGGAAAUUCCCAAAACUAUUUCGCAAACGGUGCGGUUCCGUUGGCGGUAUGGCAAGCAAUGUAUCCGAUCGCUAACCUACAACCAUCACAUGAACCAGUCGUAUGCGUCGGAUGUUGUCAUGGAACCAAUAUUUUGGUUUGUUGACAAUUUCACCCAUCUUCUGGGACCGUUUUUUGUGUUCGCCGUUGUGUGUCUAACAACUGCCGUGGUAGUCAUUUGCUACUGGAUAGGGUUGCCGUACUGGUGGAGCAGAAAUCCACAUGUAACAGGGUUUCUACUCGUUGUCGGCCAUUGGCUGCUGCUGAAUGUGACUUACAAUUUCUACAAGGCUGCCUCAGUAUCACCAGGAUAUCCGCCGGAGAAAGAACUUAUCGCUGAAGCCGUUAGUAUAUGCAAAAAGUGCAUUGCUCCAAAACCUCCUCGGACACAUCACUGUUCGGUGUGCAAUCGAUGUGUCCUUAAAAUGGAUCACCAUUGCCCGUGGCUCAACAACUGCGUCGGUUACCAAAAUCAUAGAUACUUUUUCUUGUACAUGCUGUACACCACGAUUGGUACAUUGUUCAUAAUCGUGUUUGGCUUCGAGUUCGGUUAUGGUGUCUUGUUUCUGGAAGAAAGUGGCGGCUGGAAGGAAGUAGAACCCUUGCACGGGCACCCAGUGCGGUUCAACCUAUCCGGCCAUAUCAUACCCGUGACUGAAAUGAACGAUUACGAACACGACGGAAUGGCACCGGCCGAACAUGAUCUACCUGUUCCACGUGGCAAUGACUGGGCAACAACAUUACACGGAAUCAUCCUUUUCAUGGCCCUCAUCAACGUGGCUACACUUUUCGCACUGGGUUCGUUGACCGCGUGGCAUAGUGCAUUGAUAACCCGAGGCGAAACUAGCAUCGAGACACACAUAAACAAAUCCGAAACGAAGCGUUUGGCAACGUUGAAUAAAACAUACCGCAAUCCGUAUGAUUUUGGGCCACGCCAGAACUGGAAACUGUUUCUUGGGAUACAUAGAAAGCGCUCCUGGUGGCGGCACGUUUUGCUGCCGUCAUCGCACAAGCCCGAUGGAAAUGGAUUAACGUGGCUUACUUCCGGAACAAUCGACGGGGUUGAUGAUGAAUGGCCGUAGCGCAAGAGAAUGGUUUCGUGGUAGUUGUAGAGGAUCGUGGUUCCUCUUACUCAUCGUUUCGGGUAUCAAGCUAGUCAUUGGUGAUUUUCACGAGGAUCUCAAUGCUGAUUGUAAGCGAAUACUUCCAUUUAAUAAAGAUUCUUUAUACGUUUCACU